AGAACAACCUGACAGGGACACAUUCUGUCAUUACCAAGAUACUUUGCCAUUUUCUUCUUUCCAAUAAUGUCCCAAAAAAAUGGCACUUCACAGGGUCAGACGAUGGAGGCGUCCGAGGAAGGUGAGCUGGAAGACGGAGAGAUUGAGGACGAAACGGGGUCAGAAAAUGACCACUUUGUGCCAGCUUCCACUCCGACAUGCCCAAAGAAACACAUUCCGUCGUUGAUGUCCGUGAACGUUGCGCAAAAGACCUUCUUCCGCAGGGGAGAUCCCCCGCGGUCAAGUCGAUAUUUUCCACGACCGUCGAGUAACUACUACUACCGUCCUCAGGGUGGCAAAUACCCGGCAAGUUCAGCAGGUGGAACUCAAAUGCUAGAUCCUUUGCACACUAGUAAGACUAAGAGGUCGCUAGAGAGCAGAGAAUUUGGGGGAGGUAUUCACAAUGUGUCGAGCGAAAGCGGCACAUUGGUGAAGAGACGGAGAGAAAUGAGCAAGGAUGUAGAAGACAUAUUGAGUGAACGAAGGUUACCAAGGAGUGACUCUGUCAAACAGACAAGACAGUUAAGCCGGAAGCGGACACGACGACGGCCGCACGCCAAGGAGGGCCUUGGUAGGGAGUCGAGGGACAGCAGAGGCCCCUCGGAGCAGGAUGAGUACGAGGCUCUCCUGCGCAAACACCACGAGGUGCAGGAGCUGAUCAAGCAAGAGGAGGAGAAGCUGACCUCGGAGAGGGGGAGCCUGGAUGGGGAAGGGAGGGGAAGGGAGAAAGACCUGGACGGUGGAGAAACAGCUCAGGGGCCAUCCAAGCGGCCAAAGUCAAGGUCAAGGUCGCGGUCUGGUUCCCUGAAGGAGGAAGUGGCGCCUACGCAGGACACCACCGUUGAGGACAGCAGUGAUGCUGAGAUUGUGGAGCAGGUCAAGAAUCAAGCCAAUAAGGAAAUCAUCGAGAUUCCUGAUGAUGACGAAGACGACGAUGAGCUCCUGCAGCUGAGGCGGCUAGCCUUGGAGUCGGCCACCAAGAAUGUCGCAGCCAGGGAAGAGAAAGAGAACAAGGCCCACAAACACCGAGCUGACAGAAUGUCAGAGUCCAAGCGAGCCAAACAGAGGGAGCGACGCCAGAAGGUCAAACAGCUCUUCCACAAGCAGAGCAUCGCUGCCGAGAUCUUCAAAGUCCACGGGGAGCAGGAGCGCUUUACCCAGUUCAUGGACUUCAUCAUGAAACAGCGCCGGAGUGCGACGUCAACCCCAGGGAAAAGCGCGAGAAGGUCGCCCUCUGUAGUCGGGGAGUUCUCCCAGAAAGACGCGGCCUCUAGCAGCGGGGACGCACCCAGAGAGUUCCAGUACGACAACUACGAGGAGGUGGAGAUGGAAGUCAGCGAAAUGGAGGAAUCCCCAUCCUUGACUCCAGUUGCCGAGACUCUAGAUCUAACCUCAGAUGUACAAGCCGUCACCAGCUCGGACCCAGAUGCCCCCAGCAGCACCAGCAACUCCACUCCGGGAGCUGCCGAGGCCGCUGCCACAGGCAACAAGGAAGACGAGGCCGAUGCGGAGCAUGACAAGGACGAGGAGGAAGAGGAUGUUAUGGCAUUGAGGGAGCAGCUCCUCCGUUCCCUAGCAACCAAGAGAGCCGCCCGGGCCCAAGCCAAGGAGCAAACUGAGGUUCAGCAGGAGGAGUACACCCCAGAGGAGCCUUCUGUUCACGGCCCGACCUACCACCCAUCUCCCAUCCAGCCGGCCAUGUCCAGCAUGUCCACCCCUCUCGGCGAGGAUGCGACCCCCACCUCCUCGUCUCCCAAGGUCUACGCCUCCCCUCUGUCCACCCCGAGGACCCAAUCUCCAACGACGAGUCUGAUCCAGGGGCUUCCCAAGCAGCCAGUCGGAAAGGCAAAGCCAAAAGUGGCACUGCCAGCAAUUCCCACCCAUAAGCCCGUGGUCAUCAAGUUUGAUGGAGACAGCGACUCCAGCGAGGAUGAGCUCUCACCGCAGAAGCCCCAACUGAAGCAGAUCAACUUCCUGGACCAGUUCCUGAAGGAGGCCAGACGAACUGCGGACGCGAAGAAAUCGCAAGCCCAGCAGCGACCUGCAGUUUCACAGGUGCCCAAGACCCCGGAUGCCAUGCAUAGCUUACCCGAGGUCCACCGGGCUGAGUACCAGAAGCUGAAGGAGGAGAUCGCCCGGCGGGAGCAGCAGCGAUUGGGCCGGCUGGCUGCCCCGCAGGGAACCAGUCCCGGGACACAGUCACCGAUCCGAGAUGUCACCAUCAGUGUCACAAAGGUUGACGGUCAAGAACAGAGGAUGGUUGUCUUAAAGAACCCUAAGGCAAAAGAGGCAGAGACGACACAAGCCAAGGAGAAAGUACUAGAGACUCAGAAGGAUACACCUCAGAGUUCCACCAAGCAUAGUCCGGAAGUCCUUGAACGUCAAGCAAAUCUCACCAAGUACAGGCUGACAGCCGAGAAGGACUGCCGGAUACUGACGGCCGUGGAACGACAGCUCCAGAAGCGCCAGCUGCUGCUGAAGCAGACCGAGGCCAGACUGCAGCAGCUGAGGGAUGAGCUCGCCGUGGGGGAGAGACUCGCCGCCUCCCACCGCACCCAGAUCAAGAAAUACGUGCAGCAGAAACAUCUCCUCCAGAGGAAGGUCCAAGAGCACUUGACAAAGGAGACUGCUCUGAUAGCCGAUCUUGCCAAGUCCAAGGGUGUUCCCGUCACAAGUAUCAGCCAAUCACCAAUGCUGUUGGAAGCUGCGUCCAGGCUUCCUCUGACAGGAAGUCCCAUUGGUGGAAGGCCAAAGCUUAAAUCAGUGCCAAACAGCCCGAUGUUGAAGAAGCCUGAGACAGAACUUCAGCGUUUGCAGCGGUUGGAGCGCGAGUACGCCAAGCAGAUCUCAAAGCUCCGUGAAGCAAAUUCCCGACAGGCUGCCAAAAGAGCCAACCCCGUUCCGAACGCUGUCGUUCAAUUCCUCAAAACCAAGACGAAGCUCUUGAACCAGAAGCCGUCCACGCAACUCCUAACGAAGGACAAGAUCGCUUUUGGUGGCGACACCCCGACAAACACAGACAGCGAGAGCGACGCUGAGAAGUACCUGCGCUCUCGGAAAGAUUCCAAGCGGAGGCGCUCUUUCCUGGACGAUAAUCCAUCCCUGAGACCAAAUCUCCUAGCCAGGACUCGAAGCAGCCAACCACCGUCAUCCAAACCAAACCAUAGCCAGGACAAGUCUAUCCACAACAACUCCAGAGCUUCCUCCGACCACGUCCUCAAUCCCACCGAUAGCCUGAAGUCUUCCACUUCCGGCAAAGCCAAUGGCAAAGCUGAGAAUCAGAAAAAUUCCAGCCAGUCAGAAGCCUCCAUUUCCGCAAAACCUCUGAGCAAAAUUCCGCCCGUCGUGGAAGGGAUGUCGCUGCCCGGCGACGAGCAGGUGGCGCGACUGCGGUGUGCCCAUGCGGAGAAAGCCAAGGCGGCCCUGGGCACCUCUCUACUUGCCGCACAUUUCGGACUCGAGUCAGACGCAGCCGCAGGUCUCCAUGCUAACUUCUCAAGACGGACCUCGGAUGUGAAGAUGAGCAUCAUCAAAGAUACCGCGAGAACUGAUCAAGAUGAAGAUGACGAAAGAGACGCCAGCCUUGCACCAUACACAAGUCCUCUUCUCUGCUUUCGCUCUUACAGGUUGAGUCCGUUCUUUGUCAAGGAAGCCAAGUUUUCGAGGCUGUCCCCGUCGUUCAGCCACAAGCUGGACCCCACGAGGGCGCUGUGUCAGUUUGAACUCAACGGGACCUGCAAUGACGACGACUGCCCCUGGCAACACCAAAAGGACUACGAGCUGAGCGACCACGAGAUCUACGCGGACAUCCUGGCCUACACGCCUGUCAUAGCGGCCAGCAGGGACUGGCAGGACCCGGAGAAGCGGCUGCAACGUGUGGAGGACUACGUCAACAAGGCUGUCAAGAACAGCAAGAGGCCAGAGACGGCCAAGCGGCAGAGGGAAGCGCUCUGCAGGGCCUUUGCCAACGCCGUGCUCACUCAAACCAAGAAGGGUUCCAAAGGGGUUAUAGCUCAGCCAAGGGCUUGGACACCACGACAGACCCCAGCAGACCACCCCAACCCCGUGGAUGACGAUAUAGACCUGCCCACCGUCCCCCGGGGCAGCAAGCCGGCCGGGGGUCUGCACGUAGUCCCUCUGGGUGGGGACAAUUCUGAGAGAUACUACACGGGGGAGGGUAUUUUGGAAUUGGAGGCGGCUGUGUUGGAGAAUCCCGGAGAUGUUGAUAGAUGGAUCAAGCUAGCUGCUAGGAUCAUUGGGGACGAAACCGAGGACCAGGACAUUGAUCGAGGACUCAACGCCUUGUCCCGAGGUCUGGAGUCCAACCAGUCCAGCUCGGAGCUGUGGCUGCAGUAUCUCCUUCUCUACUCCCAGCGGGAAGACCACGGGGACCUGUCCGAGCUCUGCCAGCAGGCCCUGCAGUUUGCGCCCAGCUACGACUUGUACUGGCAGUGUCUCAGCUUCGAGGAGAGCUUCCCAUCCAAGGAUUCUACCUGUGAACGGAUGCUGGCCUUUGUGCAGAGCCAACAGGCCAAGGAGAUGACCGCGCAGGGAUCCCACCGUCUGCUAGAGGCGUUGUUGUAUCGAGUACAGCUGUACGUCAUGACCAGGAGGGUGAAGGCCUCGCUGUCGAUGCUUCAGGGAGCUUUGAGAGACAGGGAUGCUCUGUUGCGAUUCCUCACCCCAGAAGAUCGCUGCUUGGCCUGGCUGGUUUACAUCCACAUGCUGGAGUACCAGCGCCUGCCGUCACAUCUCUUUGACUGUACAGGCAGCGGACUGGGUCACAUCGUCUCCAAGAAGCCGUUGAUUUUCCAGUGGGGGACUCCCUCUGCCAUUCAGUCGGCGGAGGGUGUGCGGGCGGCCUUCCAGGAAGCUCUGUCGUCGUGCAGAAGUCCAGACAGGUCAGAGGAAGAGAACGUCAGUGUCUGCAUGCCGCUCUAUCGAAAUCUGGUCAUCCUGGAGAAACUGACCGGCAGGCUCGAGCGGGCCCAAGAGAUCUGUGAGAAGCUGUUGGCAGACGUUCCAGCCAAUUCCGAGCUCUGGCUGCUCCUCACCGACGUCCUCAGACAGCAGGGAUCCAACAAGACCAAACUGGAGCAGGCCAUCAAGAAUGCCUUGAAGAGUUGCCCGAGGAGCGCGGCGUUGUACAACAUGGCGGCCAUGUUUGCGCUGCCGGCUUGCCCCAAGGCUGCCAUCACUGCACUCAAGCUAUGCGCGUUUGCCUUCCACAGCAUACCGGAUAGGUCGGCCUACGAGAGCGUGGAGCAGAUACGCGGGCUUUACUGCUCUCUACUCGGGCAGGGCCUGCCCUUUGACUACACCCCACCAAAGCUCCGUCCGGGGAUCGUUUCAGAGGUUAUACGAGCGCAAUCCCGGCACCUGUGGUUGAAUUACUGCCUACUGCAGGAGCUGACGGCAGAUGACACCGGGGCUUCGGAGGCUUACGAGAAAUCCCUGUGCCAUUUGCGAGAGACUGAGGAUGCGCAGAGGCUGUGGAUGGAAUAUCUUCUCUUCCGAAAAUCCAAACUUCCAACCAGCCAGGACAAACUCGAAUCUUUCAGCGCCUUCACAGGGCUUGUCAAUCGCUGCCUGGUUUCCAUGGCAACAGAGUUCCCCCUUCCUCACUCCAACGAUAAGAUGUGGCUUGACUUCUCCUUCCACAACCAAGUGGUCGAGUUGUACAUAGGGUGCCUGAAAGAUGGCGAUUGCUUGGAUAUGUACGAAAGAUUUAUCAAUCAAAUGCCGAGCAACGUUCACCUGGCUCUCAGAGCCUGUCAGUUUGCCAGCAAGUCCUCACCAGAUGGCCCCUGCCUCCACCGAGUCAAAGCCAUAGCCACUGACAUCCUGAACAAGUUCCCAGAGUGCCUGCCUUUCUGGAAAAUAAUAAUUGCACUGAGUCUACACCGAGGGAGAUUGAAAGAAGCCAAGACUUUGUACCGGCAAGCACUUGAAGCGGUCCCACUCGCAGCGAACCUCUGGAAAGAUUUCUUCCUGCUGGAAGUUGUGCAUGACAGAAAUCCUGAAGACAUCCGGAAGCUUGUUCUGACAUGCCGCGAGCUGAAAGUCAAUAUCGAGGACUACUUGAAAACAAUCCUUAAAUGAGCGGAAGGCUGUGGCAAAAAAGAGCUGUUUAUUCUGGCUGUUGGUUUUACGUGUUUGUUGCCUUUUGAUUUGUUGUCCUUUCUUCAAGACAGUCGCCACAAGAGAGUUGCCACUCUCAGAGAGAGAAUCAAAAGAAAUUUUUUUAUCUUGUCUCUGAAAGGCAAGCAAUUGAUUGGAAAUGUCUGUUCAACGUUCUCUGAUCUGUCAUAUGGACUUGGCAUUGUCUUUCUGGGUCUCUCUGCAGAGAUGUGGGACCUGAAGAUGCUUUUCGUUGAUUUGCUUUUGUUGGUUUUUUUAUGGUCAACUCCCUGUUCAACUCUCCUUUCCUUGGAUUAGCAAACAUCAAAAGGAGUGGAAUUGCUUUCCUGGAUGUGUAAAGACUGGUACCUGGCUGUCAUGUUUGCGGCAUGUUGGUGUCCUUUAUACAUAUCCAUGUAAUCGGGACCAGUUUUAGAUUAGUCAGUUGGGUCACCUACAGAUCAAAAUUUAAAGAAGCUGCUACCCUUCACGUUGAAUGUCUUCUCCAGUCAGAGAGAUGUAUUUUUGUCAUUAUGUAAUCUGUUGCUUAUGGCUUACGCAUUUCCUGACAGGCACUGUGCAGUUGGUUAAUGUCAUCAUGAGAGUGCAAAAAUCCCAAAACCACUUUUGUUGACCUGAUUAAUUUGAGAGUCUUAUUAUCCAAUUGGUGAAGUUGUGUCUUGUCUAUUUGAGGAACUUACGUCAGGUUCGUGGAAAGCAAUAGGUUUUUGUUUGGGUGUCGUAACUAGGCCUGUUUAAAAUUCAUGGCAUUGGAAAGAUGUUUGCAUUAUGCAAACUGCCCCAAAUAUACCUUAAUCCCAGGGAAGCCAUUUUUAUAUUGUGUUCCCCGAAAAAAAUGAGGUGGUGCCAGACUACUUUGGGUUCCCAUGGGGUGGUGCCAGACUACUUUGGGUUCCAUGGGUAGUGGCAGACUACUUUGGGUUCCCAUGGGGUGGUGCCAGACUACUUUGGGUUCCAUGGGUGGUGCCAGACUACUUCAGGUUCCCAUGGGGUGGUGCC